UGGCGGACCGCUGCAGCUGCCGCCGGCAUCUCCGGGGCUCCAGGCUACGGGGCGGACGCAGCGUGGAGCGAUCCACAGCGGAGCCGCGCGAGGCCGCCCGAGCCCCGGCCUCCAGCCCCGAGCCCCGAGCGAGCGCAGCCACCGCCUCGCGCCAGCGGGUCCCCGGACACGCCGCCGCCAGGAAGGCAGCAGGCGCCCAGUAAGUUGCGAGAGCGCCGAUCUGCCCGGGGAAAGUUUCCCCCGCGACUGGGAGUUGGCGAGGGGUCCGGCCGCUGCAGCUGAAAGUGACUCUGGUUUCUCUGAGGAGGGAAGCCCGCCCGGAACAGCCCGCCCUGCCCUGGGAACCUGGGUAGUUUCUCCUGAAGCCACUCUCAGAGAGAGACCUCAAGAGAAUCUUGACAUCCCCGGGAGGAAAAGAUACCCGUUGAAAGAGGUGGGCAUCUCCUGGACAGCCCUGAGCUUGCAUCGGCAAGAGCUUCUACAUUGUCAUCAAAGCUACCUGAACCCUUGGAAUUUGGCUUCUGAAACGUGGGCACAGUCCUUUUCCAGACGCCAGGCACCCAGGACAAGCUGGGCCAAUAAAAGAAAUACACGGCAGCCCCUCUGACCGGGAGACUCUGUCCUGCUUACGCCCAGAGAACCGCCCAGGUGGAGCAUCAUGGAAGGUGACUGUCUGAGCUGCAUGAAGUAUCUGAUGUUUGUUUUCAAUUUCUUCAUAUUUCUCGGGGGGGCCUGUCUGCUGGGCCUCGGCAUCUGGGUCAUGGUGGACCCCACGGGCUUCCGAGAGAUCGUGGCUGCCAACCCCUUGCUCAUCACGGGCGCCUACAUCCUCCUGGCCAUGGGGGGCCUGCUCUUUCUGCUCGGCUUCCUGGGCUGCUGCGGGGCCAUCCGGGAGAACAAGUGUCUGCUGCUGUUUUUCUUCCUGUUCAUCCUGAUCAUCUUCUUGGCGGAGCUCUCGGCGGCCAUCCUGGCCUUCCUCUUCAGGGAGAACCUCACCCGUGAAUUCUUCACCAAGGAGCUCACCAAGCAUUAUCAGGGCAACAACGACACAGACGUCUUCUCCGCCACCUGGAACUCGGUCAUGAUCACAUUUGGUUGCUGUGGGGUCAACGGGCCCGAGGACUUCAAGUUUGCAUCGGUGUUCCGACUCCUGACCCUGGACGGUGACGAGGUGCCCGAGGCCUGCUGCCGGAGGGAGCCCCAGACGCGGGCCGGGGUCCUGCUGAGCCGGGAGGACUGCAUCCUGGGCAGGGACCUGUUCCUCAACAAGCAGGGCUGUUACACGGUGAUCCUCAACGCCUUCGAAACAUACGUCUACCUUGCCGGAGCCCUCGCCAUAGGGGUGCUGGCCAUCGAGCUCUUCGCCAUGAUCUUCGCCAUGUGCCUCUUCCGAGGCAUCCACUAGAGGGCGUGGCCUGGAGCCUGAAGACUCACCCUGCCCACCCACUGCACCCGAUGCCCUCCCCUCCCCUACACCCCUCCCCGCUUGGUCCCCGGGGAGGAGGUGAGGCCACCAUGAGCGGCCAGGAGAAGGGGCAGAGGAAAAUAGCUAUUUUUUUAACAAAACAAAAUGACAAAAAUAUGAACUGAUGUACCUCGCCUGAAUUCGGGGGUGGGGGCCGCAGGGGCCGUGGGCUCUCUGCACCCAGGAUGCAGUCUGCCCCAGAGACCAAAGCAACACCGGUGCCAGGUCCCCGAGGCCCAGCGGGACUCCGGCAGCCCUGGGCCUGGGGCGUCUCCCCGCAGCUUCCGAGCCCGGUGCCAAGAACGUGAGGGUUUAGGCAACAAGGAGGCAAAAGCAGAUCUCAGAGAAAGGUCCCCAUCACCCAGGGGCCCCAAGGAGCCUCGGUCACCACGUCCUGGAGAACUCAGAACCUCCGGCAAUCCCCAGUCCUCUGGCCGAUGGAGCUGUCCCUGCUCCUGCUCAAGCCCAGGGUGGGCCUCGGACACUGGACCCAAGAAUGGCCCAGCCGCCGGGGUCUUUGCUUUCCCUGCCGUCGGACCAAAUAACCAGGAUGGCCCAGAGUCACAGCCACGCUCACACCGCACAUGGGUGGCGUUCCGAACCAGCACCCGGUGGUCUCCAGGCUGCCUCCCCCCACCGCCCGGGGCUGUCGCCGGUCCGGCAGGCCUGCUGCUCACACCGUUCCCUGGCCUCGGCUCCAGGGUCUCCCCGGGGCAGACGGGCCAGGGCCGGUCUCUUCGCAGCUCCACAGCUAAGAAAACCCCGGAAUGUCCCCGCCCCGCCCUCCCUCCC